AUGGAGACCAGCAGCCUGUGGCCCCCGAAGCCCAGCCCCAGCUCAGGGCUGAGCCUGGAGGCGCGGCUGGGCGUGGACACUCGCUUCUGGGCCAAGGUGCUGUUCACGGCGCUCUACUCGCUCAUCUUCACAUUCGGCGCGGCGGGUAAUGCGCUGUCCGUGCACGUGGUGCUGAAGGCGAGGGCCGGGCGUCCCGGGCGCCUGCGCUAUCACGUGCUCAGCCUGGCUCUGUCAGCCCUGCUGCUACUGCUGGUCAGCCUGCCCAUGGAGCUCUACAACUUCGUGUGGUCCCACUACCCCUGGGUCUUCGGCGAUCUCGGCUGUCGUGGCUAUUACUUCGUGCGCGAGCUGUGCGCCUACGCCACGGUGCUGAGCGUGGCCAGCCUGAGCGCAGAGCGCUGCCUGGCCGUGUGCCAGCCUCUGCGCGCCCGCCGCCUACUCACCCCGCGCCGCACCCGCCGCCUGCUGUCGCUGGUCUGGGUCGCCUCUCUGGGCUUUGCCCUGCCCAUGGCGGUUAUCAUGGGACAGAAGCACGAAUUGGAGAACGCCGACGGGGAGCCUGAGCCUGCCUCGCGAGUGUGCACGGUGCUGGUGAGCCGCGCCACGCUCCAGGUCUUUAUCCAGGUGAAUGUGCUGGUUUCCUUCUUUCUCCCCUUGGCACUCACUGCUUUCCUGAAUGGGAUCACUGUCAACCACCUGAUGGCACUCUACUCCCAGGUACCAUCAGCUUCCGCCCAAGUCAACUCCAUCCCCAGCCGCCUGGAGCUCCUGAGUGAGGAAGGCCUCCUGGGCUUCAUCACAUGGAGAAAGACCCUCUCCCUGGGGGUCCAAGCCAGCCUGGUGAGACACAAGGAUGCCAGCCAGAUCCGCAGCCUCCAGCACAGCGCCCAGGUUCUCAGAGCCAUCGUGGCUGUGUAUGUCAUCUGCUGGCUGCCGUACCAUGCUCGCAGGCUCAUGUACUGCUACAUCCCUGAUGAUGGAUGGACUGAUGAGCUCUAUGACUUCUAUCACUAUUUCUACAUGGUGACCAACACGCUCUUCUACGUCAGCUCGGCAGUGACCCCAGUCCUCUACAACGCUGUGUCUUCCUCCUUCAGAAAGCUCUUCCUGGAAUCCCUCAGCUCCCUGUGCGGCGAACAGCACUCUGUGGUGCCUUUCUCCCAUGAAGCCCCAGAGGCCAACACCAGUACGUACAGUUUCCGGCUUUGGGGAUCCCCAAGAAACCCCAGCCUGGGAGAAAUACAAGUAUGA